CCAAAUCGGAUUCUCAGUUGUCCGCGAGCAGUGCAGUGGACUGGACCUUUUCGUUUUAACUGUGGUGUGACCGGGAAAACCGUGAGAAAGUACGGCGCGCGCGACCUGUUACGGUUGUAGACACGUUCCGGGCGCUAGAUUUUUCCUUUGAUCCCGUUGUUGUACACUUUCUAUACUUUCUAUACCGAGACGACGAGGCAGCGGAGGAAUAUAACCGCAUUUGUACUCCCCCUUCUAUGUGCGAUUUUUUUGCGCUAGUCCUUGCGCUUUAGCUUUGGUCUAGAGGUGGUUGUUCUGUGAGGGUGAAAGUCGGAACUUCGUGCGGAAAAAAUUGGAUAUAUCCGCACAUCGGUGAAAAUGUAGUUAAACGGCGCUUUCCUUGGGAUAGAAAAGUGUGAGCGAGAUUGUGUGUAUAUUCUUCAAGGGGAAUUGUGGGACGGUGUGUCCUUUCGGAGGAAGUGAAUUCUACUUGUGUAGCAGAUGUGAUUAGGCAAAAAAGCAAACGUAAAACCAAUAUUAUUCCGCCCUAAAGCGAUAUGGUAGUAGAAUUGGAAUAUUCAAAGCAGUUUGAUCUUAUUUAAAAGUUGAUUGAACAACGAUUGAUCGCGCGAAACUUUCGGAUCGUUGCACAGCACAGUCAAUGUUUCAAUCAUUAAUGGUUCCACCCACAACCGUCACCCACUACUGGGUGGGUGGCUUUAUUCAACGGCGAUUCGGUGGUUGCUUUCUAGCUGGAUAUCAAAGAGCCACGACGACGAUUGAUGCCGCAGUGUAAAUCCUGCGACGAGAUAAUUUGAAGCUAUACUUGUGUAAAUUAAUCCCUUGGAGAUUCUCCCGGCAACCGGCUGCUGUUACGAAAGGGGAUUCAACCUACUAUUAUCAUCAGUGUGUUUGGUUACUAGUCCAGGGGACCCCCCAGUUAUUUCAUUCCUAGACGGGAGCCUGAUUAUUGUGUGAGGUUUGUGACCACAGACCCCUCCCCUUCUGGAAACGGCUAUCGCCGCCGCUAAUCCCAGUGAAAAAGUUUUCUGAUAUAUAGUGUUACCGAGUUUAUUUAUUUAAGUUAUUUAUUCAUAAGCUUAAUUUAUUACACAACACAACAAAUCCACCAUGGCUAUGACAACAACAACAACGAAAACAACAAAACUAACGCCCAGAAGUAUGCCUCGGUGUGUGGCGGUCAUCGUUUUGGUGCUGGCGCUGGGGUUGUUCCAAGGACCUGCUGCUGUUGACAGUGCCAGAACCACCUUCGGAGGGCUGGUCGCUCCCAUCGAAGUCAUCGAGGAGUGGGGAUGUUACGACACCGAAAUUCGACUAACUUGUGCCAGUCUGGAGUCUAGAGUGGCCAUUCUGGAGGCCAAAUUCGUCCCCCGGUGCACCGAGGAACGGCCCGAAGAUUGUGUGCACGUGGAUGAACAGAGCCUGGCCCAAUCGUACGCUGCCCGGAAGGUGGACAAAUUGACGCUGGAAGAGCGGGAAGCUGGACAGCGGUUUCUCCAGACGCUCCGGAGAAAUCACGAGCACAAACAGCAGAAGAAAUGGCACCAUGAUGGUAGCAAGAAUGGUGAAACGAUGCCGACAGUUGAAGCGGUCCAGUCUUCCCCGGUGCCUUCCGGUGGUUUUGUGGGAUCACCGGCUGCUGGACCACCACCGGCAAACGGCACCACCAGCAUCGUCCGGGUCAAUGCCAAAGAUAAACGAAGCUCCCUGAGGGCCACUUUGGAGCACCUGAUUGUUCGCUAUUUGCGGCGGAUUACCACUGAUGGGGAAGAUGAAGAGGAGGACGAGAUUGGCGGAUAUGAAUCGACCGAUUCGGUACGAUACCGUCGACAGGCCGCCCUGCUGGAUGUGAUUAUGAAUGGUACAAGCUCGGAUGAAGAGGAGCAGGAUGACAACGGAAGCUUUGCGGCUCGGGCCAAUGUCACCGGAAAUGAAGGGCCGGACAGUUUGGUGGAUAUCACAUUGCUGACCAAUGAUUCCGAUAUUGGCAACGAUAGUAGCAUGACCAGUGCCAGUAGUAGAAGUAGUGAUUGGGGUAGGGAAGAGGGGCCACGGGAAGGGGAGGCCACAAAGAUUCCGACUUCGACUUCGGAAAGUGCAGUGACAAGUGUGUUGCCAGUCUCUGCUGCUGAGCCAGUAGUAGUUGAUGAGAAAAGUUCCAAAUUAGUGAUUGGUGGUGGGGGUGGUGGCAAACAUCGUCAUAAAGGCCACAAGAAGCCAGAGUGUACCAGUAUUCGCAAACGGAUUUCACAGCUGGAUCGAUUUGAGUUGGAGAAAUCAAUGCAGAAUGAUUCCUUGCGGGAGUACAACAUUCGGAAUGCACUCAAUUACAGAUGUUCCGGCAAGAAUCAUUGCAGCUUCGUUUUCUCCCAGGACCACCCGUUUGCGGUCGUCUGGCGCGAGGGAACCGUACGUGUCAAAUACAUCUGCAUGGAUGAUUUUCGCAUUAGCAAGUACUGCGACGAACAUUUGAUAAUCGGCAACGAACGGCGCUGGGAAAAGCGCCGGAAAAAUCAGCAUCAGUCGGCAGCAGCCGGAGGGAACCGUUCCACUUCGGGCACGUCACCGCGGGACGUUUCCGUCGUUGGCUCGGAUGCGGUGAUGGCUGGAACCGGCGACGUCCCCCGAGAGGGCUCCCUGAACGAUACCAACAAGUUCCAACAGCAGCGGCAUCAGCUGCUCCUGGAAGUGCCACGGGACCGGAACUAUUACGGAGAUAACGUUAACGACCCGGUUAGUUUUACCGGGGACCGCAAUCAGUGGAGUUACGAUGGCGGUGGACAGACACCGCAGGACGACGUCUACUACAACGGAGAAGAUUAUUCCGAAGAGCAGAACCCGGAUGACGGCUAUGGCGAUGCCUAUGGGACCAACUACGGCAGGAAUGGCAACGAUGGCGCUGAUGACGAUUAUGGUGAUGUUGACGAUGACCAGUACAACGAUGUGCCGGCCGGGGAGCCAAGGGUUGAGGCUGUGAUCCAGCAGCAGCCCAGGCAGCAGUUCCGGCAGAUGCGCGCCUUCCACAAUCUGAAAAUACUGAAAACUUUCCCCUCGGAAACGGCAGAACUUCCAGUGAACGAAACUGAAAACCAGCAGCGACCACCAUCGGUGCCGGCAGAAAGCAGCGAUACAAUUGACCGGAAGCGGCAGAAAGUUUUCUCCCAGGAUUUCCGAGUUCUAAAAAUUCUGCCAAGCAACCUAGACCAGGUAGAGGACAUCAAACAAAUUGGCAACGAAUACUUCUUCAAGAAGGACAUCGAAGUUGUGGACGACGCGGAAAACGAAAUCGCAUCCGACAUAAAAAGCAACGCAACGAACAACCAAUUUACAGAAACACUGGACAUUGUGGUUCUUCCUCCGCCAACGAAGGACUCCGAUGUGUACGACAAUGAAGAAUUCGAAGAUGUUACUCCGGACGGGAUCGGCACUAGAAUAACCACCUCUAACGCUGGUAGAUCAAGUCAGUUGCUUCCAAGCACACCAACGACGAUUCCGUCCGGAGUUCAAAGCACGCAUCAUUACACUGAAAACCCAAGUUCAAAAACCCCAAUUGAUGUAUCUCCAACAUCAAAUCUUGAACCAAAGUCGACAAUUUCCACCCUUGGGCCACCAACGUUAACGAGCACUAGAGGUGUUGCCGAAAUAUAUUUGGAAGCCUAUCCGGACCUGAAGUCCAACGAAAUCGAAGGAGAGGACGGUGAACGGCCGAAUAAAAGCAUCGAAGCAUCGGCGAUCGAUGAGAGUAGCUUCAGCUUCAAUAACAAAACGUUCCGAAAAAUGAUGGAAGGAAUACACGGCAGCGAAACGGCCGAUGGUCGACAGGAGGAGAACGAGGAGGAUGAUUCAGAGGACGACGUUGAGGAAGAAGACGACUAUGACGAAGAAGAUGAGGAGGACGGCUAUCCUGACGGUGAAAGGCGUGGCCAUAAAAAGUAUAUCAGUAUUCAGCGCACGCUUCUAAAGCACCCUCUGCGCCAGGGCUUCCUGAUGACGCCCGGUUAUCCCAAGUACUACAUCGGUGAUAGUGUCUGCCGGUGGACACUCUACGCUCAGCGGCACCAAAAAAUUAGGUUAACUAUACUAGAUUUAGCAUUGCGGUUCGAUGAACCAUGUAGAGAUUACGUUGAGAUCAGGGAUUUGAACACAAAUCAGACCCUGUUUAGCAGUUGCGCCGAGAGCACGCGCCCUAUUGUGGUGGUGAGCGCGCAGGAACGUGUGGAAGUCAACGUGCGAACGACAACUAAAGUGGCCUAUCCUAAACGGGGAGUGCUGAUACACUAUUCAGCUCUCGGCUGCGAGUUGCCGUCGCCGACACCGCCGCACAUGACGCUGGUCCGUCGAAGCGAGCACCGCGCGAAGUACGUCUGUGAUCCCUUGUUUGUGUUUCCCGACACAGCUGAGCCCAGUCGCGAGCUGGUCUGCACUUCCAGGCACACGUGGAACCGUCCGUUGCCGGCCUGUGUUGAAAAACGAGCCACCGAAGGAAGUGGCCUAGUAUCUCAUUACGAGCAGAAACGGAAGAUAAGUGAUUUGGACGAAAUGUCUGACAAAAAAGCGGAUACCAUUUACGAUAUCCUGAUCCCGUCGCUGAUCAUCGCCGCUCUAUUUAUUGUUAAUGGCAUCGUGUUCGCGGUCAUCAUGCGCUACAGGAACAGAAGAAAACAACGCCUUGAACUAGACAGUAAGGAACUAGCGGAACUGUAAACGUAAAUCAACAAAAAAAACACCUGAGCAUAACCCAGUAACAACAACGUCCACGUCCAUCAUCUCCUCAUUACCCAGCCCAGAGUAGAACAAAAAAUAAACGUUCCCACGUCUAAAACCAAACCUGUUUCGAAACUAAAAAUAACUUGAAGACAAAUGUCCAGAAUUCCGGAGGGGGCAAGAAAAUUUUGUGAAAAAAAGUGCAAAUUGUGCUACCCCAAAAACAAAGCCAGAGAGGGGAAAACAAAAGUAACAAACAUUGUAAAACAAAAGAAGCAUGAACACAAACAGAAAGAAUACUCAAAAUUACAAGUAGAAAAUGCAUGUUCGUCAGAAACAACGACUAAGAAAGGAUACAAUGAAGUCAUUACCGCAUCAUCUUCAUCGGGGGUCAGAUGAGGGGGGACUCAGAGGAAAAGGAAAACAGAUUUGAGCAUCUUCCUCUCAUUUUUAGUUAAACUCUCAUCUCGACGAGGCAUUGUUGCUUUUUUUGGUUCAGAACUUUUUGGAUUAUGUCGUCGUCGUCUGGAAGAAUUCUUCUGAAACUACUAGCUACUAUAUUCAGUCGGAAGCUGACGAAUGCUUUUCCGGCCUCUAAAGAAUGCAUGUCCUUCAUGUUGUUGUUUUUCUUCUCUGAAUGAAACGCCUUCAUUAUCUCUGAUAGAAUGAAAACAAAGAAUAAUAUCUACGUUUCAAGGACACGGCCAAGAUCAUCGGCAGCUGCAUUCGGUCCCAGUAGAUACCUGACGGAAAAAACGACAGCCAUCGUCUUUUGAUUACCUCAUGGAUACUACAUGGAAAUCAUCAUAUCAUUCACAUAUUUAUGGCAGUGGAAGACGAUUCAGGGUGACGAACACCCUUCUAAGAAGAGCCGCAUCACUUGUUAUCGUUAUCAUUCAGCACCCCACCAACAUAAUCGAAUCGGUCAUGUUUUGGCAUCCCGUUCUUCUCGCGCCAGGUAAGUAUAUUUAAAAAUAAAUAUCAGCAAUACAGUUCAAUUAUGAUAAUGCCACACACGUACGCAUCGGGAAGACUUGAGAGAUAAAAGCUAAGAGAAUGUAUCGAAGAACAAAAAUUCGGAACAAAAUGUGUUUCGACAAAACAACGCCUGCGAGAGUUAUUCGAGUUAUUAGAAAAGAAUGCAAAACCAAAAACGAAACUUGCAACUGCAAACAAACAAAAACUAAAAAGCUGAAAACAAAUUGUCGUAGUUUAAUAAUUGCUUGUGCAAAACGAAGUAAAAAGUAAUUACCAAUUAUUAUUACAUAAAAAAAAGUCUAUACACUUUCAAGUACCGCACCACGGUCACUAUUUUGCACGCUGAUCAAGCAAAACAAAUAUAUACAUAUACACACACCCAAUUUGCAAACUCUUAUUGAAAUCCCAAAAAAAAAACAAAAACUUAAAACGAUGAACAAAGUGUUUAUAUGAAAGAUUUAGAAACAAGAAAAAAAACAAACGUAUUUAUAUAUCGCUUAUUGUGCUAUAACAGGUAUUCGAUGAUCUUUGAUUUUAAAACAUUUUAUAUUGUGAACUAUUUUCUUUUCUGUCUUGGUAUCAAGUACUGCGAAAAUGCUUAACAAAAACGUUUCUAAAUUUGUACAAGCAAAUUACUGUUCUAGGCGGCUGAAAUCAAAAUUGUCGAACGCUUCUUCGUUGGAACAAACUUUAGAAAAACCACUAUUGAAACUGGAUGCGACCAAGGAAAGAAUUUGAAAAGUUAUUUGAACGAAAUUCUUUCUAUCAGUUGAAGAUUGUUUUUAAAUUUAUUUACAUUUUUUUAAUUGAACAACAUUUUGGUUAAUUGGAUGUGGUUUUUACUCAACACAGUAACAACCUUAGAAUAGUUUUUCCUUUCUUCAAUUAUUUUCUAUUAAUUUUUGAAUGAUUAGUAAUUAGUUAUUUGUAAAUUGAUAUACAAUCUUAUCCGAGUUCAAUCUUUGGUUCAACUCAAAAAUAUUUCAACGAAAGUAAACGGUUCAAAACAUAAACCACAGGUAAAAAAGUUCACAGAAAAGCAACAAAAAAGCAAGCAGAAUCAAGCCAAAGAUUAGAUGUUACUUACAAACAAGCAAACAAACAAAAACAACGGAUGAGCUGUAUCUUUAAUAUUUGAAAGCAAAAUACAAAACGCCUAAUUUAGAUAAAAAAAACGUGUAAUUUUGCUACCAAAUACACUUUUUAGGAUUUUGUAGUUUUUCGAUUAGUUCACACAACUUGUACGAACAGGUAAAAUCUGAGAACAGGCAUGCAUGUUAAAAAGUAAAAAAAAAAUGCUGACAAAAAACAGGGAAAGUUUAUUUGUUGAAAUGUGUGUAGAGGACAGACAAAAAUAUUGGGAACAGCUCAGAGUGAAAGUGACAAACUAAACGAAGAGCAGAACAGUUGUACAGAAAAAAAGUAAACGUGAAAAAUUAAACGUAAAACAAAUUUUCACCCUUUGUUUAGCCAUCAAUGAUGAACAGACGAUUACAAGAAGAGGUUGUAAUCAUUUUUUUUUUAUUUUUUUUUUUCUGUACGGAAAUGUUUUCUCCUCGUUGUAUUUAUGACUUCUUGACACCACUACUAACUAAUUGUAACCUUGUAGUUAUUUUCUUGAUUUUCUAAGAAAAUAUUACUUUGUCCGAAAAUGAUAAUUGUACUUCCGCGCUGAAAUAAAAUUGAAAAAAAAAAAUAA